AUGACGGAGGCUAAGCAGUUGUUGCAGGACGAGCGGUUUCUCAAGAUCCAGGAGCUCAAUUCCGCAGAGCCCAGCAAACGGCACUCGGUCACCUACGAUAACGUAAUCCUACCACAGGAGUCCGUGGAAGUUUCGCCACGGUCGUCCACGUCGUCGCUGGCAGAGCCAGCGACGACCACGGCCACGGGCGUGUCGGCCACGACCAAGGCCAAGGCCAAGACUAAGACCGGGCCAGCGGCUACCGCAGAGAAGGAGGAGGAGUAUCCCGUGGAUCCGCGCAUGCAGAAGUACCUCUCGCACCUGAAGAGCAAGUCGCGCACCAGGGUCCAUCACAAGGACGCCAGCAAGUAUGUGUCGUUCUUUGGGGACGUGAGCUUCGACCCGCGGCCCACGCUCCUGGACAGCGCCGUCAACGUGCCCUUCCAAACCACGUUCAAGGGCCCUGUCCUGGAGAAGCAACUCAAGGACCUGGAGUUGACCAAGAACAAGACCAAGAUCAAGAAGGCCGCAGACGCCGCCCCCGGCAAGAAGCUGGAGUCGAACUUCUCAGGCAUCUACGUGUUCGCGUGGAUGUUCAUGGGGUGGAUCGCGUUCCGGAGCUGCAUGGACUACUACGUGUCGCACGAAGGCGGGUUCGCCAGCAUGGAGAUCGUGCAGUACAUGACGUCCGACCUGUUCACCAUCGCGCUGCUGGACCUCGGGCUGUUCCUGUCCACGUUCUUCGUGGUGUUCGUGCACUGGCUGGUCAAGCUCGGGUUCAUCAGGUGGAAGUGGACCGGGUUCGUCGCGGUCAGCAUCUUCGAGCUGUGCUUCAUCCCCGUGUCCUUCCCCGUGUACGUGUACUACUUCGAGUUCAGCUGGGUCACCAGGAUCUUCUUGUUCCUGCACUCGGUCGUGCUGCUCAUGAAAUGCCACUCGUUUGCCUUCUACAACGGGUACCUCUGGGACAUAAAGAACGAGUUGGAAUUCUCUUCGACUAAACUCAACAAAUUCAAAGAAUCGCUGUCCCCAGAGACCAAAGAGAUCUUGCAGAAAAGCUGCGAUUUCUGUCUUUUCGAGCUCAACUACCAGACCAAGGACAACGACUUCCCCAACAACAUCAGCUGCAGCAACUACUUCAUGUUCUGCAUGUUCCCCGUGCUCGUGUACCAGAUCAACUACCCGCGCACCUCGCACAUCAGAUGGAGGUACGUCAUCGAGAAGUUCUGCGCCAUCAUGGGCACCAUCUUCCUCAUGAUGGUCACUGCGCAGAUCUUCAUGCACCCGGUCGCCAUGCGCUGCAUCGAGUACCACGACACCCCCUCCUUCGGCGGCUGGGUCCCCGCGGUCAAGCAGUGGCUAUUCCUGCUCUUCGACAUGAUCCCGGGCUUCAGUGUCCUCUACAUGCUGACCUUCUACAUGAUCUGGGACGCCUUGCUGAACUGCGUCGCAGAACUGACCAGGUUCGCAGACAGGUACUUCUACGGUGACUGGUGGAACUGUGUUUCCUUCGAAGAGUUCAGCAGAAUCUGGAACGUCCCCGUGCACAAGUUCCUGCUGAGACAUGUCUAUCACAGCUCCAUGGGCGCGCUGCAUUUCAGCAAGUCCCAGGCCACCCUGUUCACCUUCUUCUUGAGCGCCGUGUUCCACGAAAUCGCCAUGUUCGCCAUCUUCAAGGAGGUCAGGGGAUACCUAUUUCUGUUCCAAUUGUCCCAGUUCGCCUGGACCGCCCUGAGCAACACCAAGUUCCUACGCUCAAGACCGCAGUUGUCCAACGUCGUCUUCACGUUCGGCGUCUGCACAGGCCCCAGCAUGAUCAUGACGCUGUACCUGACUUUGUGA